AGCAUAGCUUCUUGACGCUCAUGUGUCCAUUUGGUAGGUCGUUCACCACGGGCAGUACGAUGUUAUAAUCCCUCUAGUCUGCCACUGCCAAUUACCUCCCCCGCGAAGUCUUGAGUAAGUAGUAGCGACAGAAUAGAAUACAAAUAAUACCACUUUUACAAAAAUUCCGAAGGCCUAGCGACAAGAUGGCGGGCGUACCUCCCAAAACGGGUUUCACGUUUGGGAUUUCUGCUGCGCAGUGGGAUGAGGAAUUUGCGCCGACGAGGAAUCUGCAGCAUAAUGGAACAAAUAGUACCGGGUCAUUUUCGCAACUUCCGCAGAACCCCGGCCAUGCCAAACAGACAGCCGCAACGGGAACCGCUGCCCGUCCGACCUUUCGCUUCAACCCGAACUCCCGUACUGGCGGAAAAGAUGUUCAAUCGAACAGACAAGUGGCGGCGCCUCCCACGCAACUCCCGUCACCGCCACAAAGAAAUCACGGGCAAGAUGGAUUUUUGCCCGGGGGCCAAACGAUGAAUCAGGUCCCCCUCGCCCAGGGGCCCAGAAUGAAAUACCAGAAGACUACUAUGACCGGGACGGGCAGCGGGGGGACCACGGUAGGUGGGCAGAGCAAUUCCUAUAGGGGUCGUCCAACAAAUACAAAUGGCGCAACGACUAGAGCAGGACAAGAAACAAUAAAUCACGAGAACACCAGGCACAUACCAGUUGUAAACAGAGACGGGGUGCCACGUGACCCGAAGCACUGGCGGGCGUACGCAGUGCAUGAUCUGAUGCAGGAGAAAUUGCACGGGUAUCAAAUGUAAAAAUGUCUGGGUCUGGAAGAAUGCAACUUGUCAUGCUAGAUCUGGAGCAUGCAAAAACCUGUGUUGCAUGAUUACCCAAAGUCGUCCAGUUUUGACCAAGUCGCAAGGGAGUUUCUCAUGCAGGAUAGGCAUGAGAGAGGUCGCACAGAAUCUGUCAUGCUAGGUCCUGCAUUCCAGACCUCAUGGGUCAUGGAAAAGCUGCAUGACAAAGCGCGCAUUCUUCCAGACCCAGACACUUUUGCAUUUUAUAACGGGUUUGCUACGGCGAAUUACGGUGCUACUACCGGAUCAUCCCACAGGCCUCAGAAGAUGAAUCAGAACAAUCCUCCUCUAGCCGCCCAUGAUCCUGAACAACGAGCACAGCAAAUGGGCAAGAAGUUUUUCCACUUUCUGGGCACCAACAAUUAUGAGAAUUCGUCAGUGCGAAAGGCCGAUAAAUUUCGCAAAUGGACCUAUCUCGACGUGGGCGGAGGGGGUGAUGGUACGGGAGGCGGUGAGGGGGCAAGAAAAACAAGCAGCGGGGGCCACAGGAC